AUGCAGAAUUUUAAAAAUGAUCAAUGGCCAGUGGCAAGUUCUGAAGGAUUAGAGGGAGAGAUAGCGACAAUCGCAACUUGCAACGGAAAAGCACCAAAGAGGCAACCGCGGAAGGGAAAGCCGCCCAGAGGGAGUCUUGAAGAAGGUUACCGACGACAUAUUCUUGACCGAUCAACUAACUUUGGGAUUGAGGAUUGCAAGGCUUUAGCUCUGCUCAAGGAGCCUUAUGCGCCACUGCAAGUGUUUCCGGAUCAGAUACAUGUGAUGCCUCUAAUACACUUCAGAGAACCGGACACGUGA